UUUUUUCCCUUCUGUUUUAUAAUGAAAAAAAAGUUUUUUUUUUCAUUGAUUUCUUUUUUGUUACUUGGGUUGAAUUUUUCUUGAUGUUACAUGCUGUUGAUAGAUUCUAUGAUUUGGAAUAAUGGGUUGGCUUUAGAUUCUGUCAAAGCUUCGAUUUUUGUGCUGUUUUCUGCAAAUGAAAGUUUAGUAGAAAUGGCAGUUUGACACUUGUUAGCUGUUGAUUAGUUUCUAGCUCCAGAUUGAUUUUGUUUCCUUUUAGUGUUCUGGAUCUGGGUAUUGAAGAAAAAUAAAAUGACAAAACGUAGUUUCAAAUUAUUCUAUCUUAUCUGCAUAAAUUGGAUGGAUUUGCAGAACAAUUUGUUUGGUUAUGUGUAUGAUUGUAUACUUUGUACUACAUGUUGGAGAAUCUUGAAAUUUCGAGAUUUAAGAUGAAAGUUUUAAUCUUUAUUGGUUUCCAUAUAUUUCUAAGCCGUUACUUUCUCAUUUUGGUUUUUUGUUAUUUAUAGUUUGAAAGUUGUGAUGAAUAGUUAUGAUUCUAUUGCUAGUUAGAUAUUUAUGGUUUUAAUGGAAUUCUAAUUAAAAAGUAUGACCAUAAUUGAAAAUAUAAUGAGAAUAUUACGUAUGAUUAACUUUGCUUGGUUUGUGAACAUUUAUUAGAUCUUAGGUUGAAGGAAAAAAAUUAAUAAGAAGGACAGUGAACGAUAUAAUCAUCUCAUCUACUUCAGUUGAUGGAUUUAUAGGGAAAUUUGAAUUGAGGUCAUCUGUGUUUGCUGCUGUUCAAAACAAGAAAUGGGAUCUCAUCUGAAUUUCAAGAACUUUGGUGAUGCUCCAAGUAUGGAAGGAAUCGGGUCAAAGCCACUGGGGAAUUUCCCAUUGGCUAGGCAGUCAUCCAUAUACUCAUUGACCUUUGAUGAGCUGCAGAACACCUUUGGUGGACUUGGAAAGGACUUUGGAUCAAUGAACAUGGAUGAACUCUUGAAAAAUAUAUCAACUGCUGAAGAAACUCAGGCUAUUAUGACAGCUUCAGUUCCUGGAGGAGAAGGAAGUCUUUCUGGUGGCAAUUUGCAGAGGCAAGGAUCAUUAACAUUGCCAAGGACUCUGAGUCAAAAAACGGUUGAUGAAGUAUGGAGAGACUUGAUGAAAGAGUACGAUGGUGCUAAAGACGGAAGCAGUGGUGGUGGAGGAACAAAUUUGCCACAGAGGCAACAGACUUUGGGAGAGAUGACUUUGGAGGAAUUCUUGGCGAGGGCAGGUGUCGUAAGAGAAGAUAUGCAACAGAUUGGAAUGCCAAAUAAUAGUGGAUUCUUUGGUAACAACUCUGGUUUAGCUAUUGGACUUCAACAGACAAAUAGAAACAAUGGAUUUUUGAGUAACAAUAACUCUGUUCUUAAUCAGCCUUCAAGGUUACCGUUGAACAUGAGUGGAGUCAAAUCCUCACAGCCGCAGCAGCAGCAGCAACAACAACAACCACAGCAACAGCAGAAGCAGCAACCACAGCCACAGCUACAGCCACUCUUUCCCAAGCAACAAACAGUUGCAUUUGCUACUUCUAUGCACUUAAUAAACGCUGCACAGCUUGCUAGUCCAGGAACUAGGGGUUCGGUGGUUGGAAUUGGCGACCCUUCUAUGAAUAGUAAUCUUGUUCAGUCUAGCGGGCUGCAGAGUGGUGGGAUGAGAAUAGUUGGUUUAGGAUCUCCUGCAAGCCAGAUAUCUUCAGAUGUCAUUUCAAAGAACAGCGUAGAUACCACUUCUUUCUCACCAGUUCCUUGUGUAUUUGGCCGGGGAAGAAAAUGCAGUGCAGCUUUGGAGAAAGUAGUUGAGAGAAGGCAAAGGAGAAUGAUUAAGAACAGAGAGUCAGCUGCAAGAUCACGAGCUCGCAAGCAGGCAUAUACAUUGGAACUUGAAGCUGAGGUUGCAAAACUUAAAGAAAUGAACCAAGAAUUGCAGAAGAAACAGGAAGAAAUGAUGGAAAUGCAGAAAAAUCAGAUGUUACAGACACUGAAUCGACCACGGGGAGGUAAAAGACAAUGCUUGAGAAGAACACUCACAGGCCCUUGGUAGAGUUGGAACUGCAGAUGGUCGAUACAAAAAUCUUGGCCAUUGGUAUGGUAGAAGGAUUGCGGUGUGCAUCUACUAUCUGUAUCUUCAUACUUCGGAGGGGGUAGAUAGCUUUAUGCAUAGGAGCAAAGGUUUUUUGAGUUGUAAAUUAUGAACUUAAUACAAUUAGUUUCGCUCUGUAGAUUAGACUUUCCUAUUGGCUUGAUCUAUAUUAUUUGCCUAUCAUGACAUAUAACCUUGAGAACAAAGGCAUGUAGCAUUGUUGGAUGUAUGCUCCAAUAUGUUUUUACACUCGA